CCCUGUGCUGCCGCGGCCGCUGCGGACCGGGGCCGGGCCCAGCCGAGCCCAGCCGAGUCCAGCCGAACCCACCCGAAUCGAGCCGAACCCACCCGAACCGAGCCGAACCCAGGCGAGCCGCCGCGGCCCUCUCCUCCUCCGGGGUCGUCUUUGAAAAAACCAUGGACGACUAUACAAAGAUAGAGAAAAUUGGUGAAGGUACCUAUGGGGUGGUGUAUAAAGGCCGACACAAAACCACUGGUCAAGUGGUGGCUAUGAAGAAAAUCCGACUAGAGAGUGAGGAGGAAGGGGUCCCCAGUACUGCAAUUCGAGAAAUAUCUCUUUUGAAAGAGCUUCGUCAUCCAAAUAUAGUAUGUCUUCAAGAUGUGCUUAUGCAAGAUGCCAGACUGUACUUAAUCUUUGAAUUCCUUUCCAUGGAUCUCAAGAAAUAUUUGGAUUCUAUCCCUCCUGGCCAGUAUAUGGAUUCUUCUCUGGUUAAGAGUUAUUUGUACCAAAUCCUACAAGGUAUUGUGUUCUGUCACUCAAGAAGAGUUCUUCACAGAGAUUUAAAACCCCAGAACUUGUUAAUCGAUGAUAAAGGAGUAAUCAAGUUGGCAGACUUUGGACUUGCGCGAGCCUUUGGAAUCCCCAUAAGGGUUUACACACACGAGGUAGUUACCCUUUGGUACAGAUCUCCGGAAGUGUUGCUAGGAUCUGCUCGCUAUUCGACUCCUGUAGAUAUAUGGAGCAUAGGCACAAUAUUUGCUGAAUUAGCAACCAAGAAACCACUCUUCCAUGGGGAUUCUGAGAUUGAUCAGCUGUUCAGAAUUUUCAGGGCUUUGGGUACCCCCAAUAAUGAUGUAUGGCCAGAGGUGGAAUCUUUGCAAGAUUAUAAGAACACAUUUCCCAAGUGGAAACCAGGGAGCUUGACAACCCAUGUCAAAAACUUGGAUGAAAAUGGAAUAGACUUGCUCUCGAAAAUGUUAGUUUAUGAUCCUGCAAAGCGAAUUACUGGCAAAAUGGCAUUGAAUCAUCCGUACUUUAACGAUUUGGACAAAUUUAACCUUCCAUCCAGUCAAAUAAAGAAGUUCUAGCGCUCUC